GGGGGCCAUCAUCUUUUCGUGGGCUGUAUUUUAUUUAGCAGACGUCGCGCCAAUUAUUCUUGAAUAAUGCUGUUUUCAAAAUAAUGCUGUUUGAACCGUGUAGGAAGCACAGGCGCUGGGAUCGGCUCCGCGGCUCCAGGACGGGAGCGUGAACCCGGACGACAGCCUCCAGGACGACGACGAUGAGGAGUAUGAAGAUGACGAUACUGAGGAGUACGAAUACGACGAGGAGGAGGACGAGGAUUCUUACGAGGAUCCCGAUGAGUUCGAGUACGAGGAUGGUGAGGGCGACGAUGACGAGGAGGAAAGUAGCGGUCUCCGGGACGCCGAGUACGAGGAGGAGGACUACGGCGAGGACGACGACGAUGAGCGCGAGGGGGCGGGCGACGGCGAGGUCCAGCCAAAGGAAAGGACGGCCGAGCCCGUAGAAGAGAAGGCCGAGGAGGCCGAAGAAAAGGUCAUCCAGGACGCCGUCGUGCGUGAACGGCGCGCCGAGGUGCGCAGUCUUAGCGACCUGCCCUUGUCCAAGCUGCUCCGCGUGCAGACAGAACUGCGCCGUCUCACCGGCCACUCGGCGCCCAAAGAUCAAUGCGACGGCCAGAAGAAACAAGACGGGCCAUCUCGCCGGUGGAUGUCGGGGGCCACCGCCGUGGAGAGGGGUGCGGCCGCGCCAACCAGCCCCAACGCGCAGCCCCUCAACUGGGGCGCCGCCACCUCGCCGACGGCCGGCAGGCGGAAAGGGACCCCAACCAGCACGCAGUCCCCAGUGCGCCGCCGUGGAGGCGGGGUAGGCGACCGCGGUGGCGGGGACCGGGGCGGCGGCUGGUCGUCGCACGAGGACUGGGAGGAAGAGGUGCACGAGGAGGAGGAGGACGAGGGCGGCUGGAUCAGCUGGAACAAGGGCCACAAGAAGAAGGGCAAGGGCGACAUUGGCUCCAUCUUUCACAUCUCCGUCACGUUCCUGGCCUUCCUCGCGUUCGGCGGCUACCUGCUGUGUCUCAUCAUGCAGGCCGUCAAGGGCAACGGUUACUACAACUACCCUGGGGCGCAAGGUGCGCUGCGGCCGGCGCCCAACGUCAUGAUGGUCAUGAUGCCGAACCGGGCCGUGACGCGGCGCCCGGGCAGGCCCACGGGGACGACGACGGGCAGGAGGAAGCGGGACGCGACCGACCAGCCUCCAGACGGGGGACAGCCAGCGUCCUGGAGGGACUGGGUGCCGUCAUUCGGCGAGGAGGACAUGCGGCUGCUGCCCGAGAUGGACGUGGACCGCAUGCACCGCGCCCUGCUCGUCGUGGCCGAGGGCUACGCCUCUUUCUACCACAAGAAGUACACCUCCGUGCAGCCGUAGGCAGCGCAGGUGCGCAUCACGCCCGACAACGC